AUGGCGACCCCGGUAUCAUCGGAAAGCCUGUCCGCGGGUCAAGUUUGGCGGAAAAUAAGAUGCUAUGGAGGUGGUGAAGAUUGCGAGCCUUGCUCAGUGGCCGGAGCGACUUGUGUAAGAACAACUAGACUUCAGAGGAACAGGAAACGAAAGAGUUACUAUGAGGCACAGGACAAGGAGCCAAUUCAGAAUACCCAAACAUCUAGCCCAGACCCUUCGCACAGUCAAAGGGGAGCCUCAGUCAUUUCGCCUAGCCGACUAGUGUCUACCACUGAAGGCAUUUCAUCACAUGAUCUUCAGCUUCGACCAAUGGUUGAUAGAAUUCCAAACCAUCAAGGUAGCCUGGCAAGCCAGACACCACGAACGACUGCUUUCGCAACGGACGCCCCUAUUAUAGCCCAACAACCUGCUACAGAUCCCGUUAUAGGGCACAUGGGCCGGUUGGUAUCUAAUGACGAACAAAUCGCCAUGUUUGCGGGUUCAUCCACUGGAGCACACUUUAUUAGCCAAGCGGAACAGCAAGUCCAGAUGCAAAAGAUGCAUGCAGACGCGUUCCCUAGCUGUACUUACAGCAUGCAUCUUCAUAGUCUCUGGGAUGCAUCAGUGAGAAGAUCUCCGUCGCAAGUCGCUCGUGACGUUAUCUCCAGACUUCCUCCUCAAGCUCUCGAGACAGUGGCUGCAACAAUUGAUCGCUGGACUCCGCUAUAUCCAAUCUUUCAUAAGCCUUCCACCAUGGACAUAUGCAGACAAGUUAUUUCCCACCCAUUUGCGGAAAACGUCGUCAUUCUAUACCAAACUCUCAUAUUGCUGGCUGUAGGGAGCCUAGGCAACCAAGGAACAUGCAUGCGGCACCACUACCAUUAUGUGUGUGCCUCUGAGCCCUACUACGAUAUGUCCGCGUUGAUUCUUGAACAUAUCCUGGACCGGCCUUGCCUCCAAACACUGCAGGGUCUUGAGAUGACGCAAAUUUACCUUCAGCUUACCUCGCGCUAUACACUUGCAUCCCACAUCAGUGGUGUUGCGACGAGGCUGGCUCAGAAUCUGGGCCUUCACCGACAUUCGAACCGCUUUAAGUUCGACCCUUUGGAAACAGAGCUCCGACGGCGUGUAUGGUGGUGCCAAUAUACCCUAGAUGUAAUGUCAAGUGCUCAUCACGGAAUACCGCGCCUAAUCCGUGAUCAGGACGUUGACACAGACUUGCCUACUCGAGUUGAUCACGACCUCUUGUCAAGGUCUCAUGUAUCUUUCCCUCUCCCAGGAGAAGCCUCUCAGGUCGAUGGUGCCAUGCUUCUCUUCAAACUCGCCCGCAUCAUCGGCGAUACUCUUGAGAAGCUGUACAGCACUACUAGGCGGCGUGGUGGUGUGGCUAAGAUAACCAGACUGCAAGCUGAGCUCGACGCCUGGGAGCACUCUCUACCAAGCGAAUCGGAUGCUGAAAUUGCCGAGCCAGGGACUGGCGAUCUAAAGAAUGAUGCGCAGGCACUUGCGAUCUCAUCAUUUUGCCUAGCUUUCCUCAGAGCCACACUGUGCGUAGCAACAGCACACGUCCACCGUCCAGCUCUCGCAUUCACUACAGUCAACCCACAAUUCCAGCUUUCUCUGAAAGCUUGCACUCGUGCAGCCUCAAAUCUGAUACAAAUCAUCUCGAAUAACUUUAAAGGGUUCGACGCUCAGCUCGUGUUUGACCAGGCAGGUCACCCUGUGAACAAGCAUGUUGAGCCGCUGGUUGUCAUCCUACUAUACCCAAUAGGGGCCCAUAUGGUCUGGCAAGCCGGCCUCACCAUUUUAUUCGCUCGUUGGAAUGGCUACACUGUUUCCGACUCAUCGGUGAGUGAUGAGAGCACAGUUAGACAGUGUUCUGAGGCGCUUAGGAAACUGGGCGGAUUUACAGACGACGUUGGGGGUAGCCUGAAGCAGUGCGCAGAUGUCCUCGACCUGCUGUGUCAAAAGACGUUCACAGGAACAGAAGUCGCCAAUUUGGCAACGGAGCAGCUACAGUGGAAUGUUUGGGAUUGGCCUAUGGCGUCUGCACUUGAGCUUGCUAAUACCCUUGAUGCGAUACCAUUUGAUCUGGAAUUUUCGACGUGGGAUCCCCAGUUGAAUGAUCCAAGGUAG